AUGUGCAUGCUCGGGAACUCUACUAGAGGUCUCUCGCCUAAACAGCGCCACCUCUUAUAUCGGUCAUGUGUGGUUCCUAUUGCCACAUAUGGCUAUUGUCUCUGGUAUUUCGAUGGCACCCGCAAUAAGGGCACGAUGAACCAGUUGAAACGGAUGCAGCGUAAAGCUGCUCUAUGGAUCACAGGUGCUUUCCGCACCUCCCCCACAGGCGGUCUUGAGGCCCUCGCUGGCCUCAUCCCUGUCCAUCUUAUGCUGAAGAAGCUGGCAACGCGCGCAGUGUAUCGCGUUGCCACCCUCUCGGAUACUCACCCCCUUCGCUCUAUGAUGGGCAAGGGGCUCCUUAAGCGAGCCGUGCCACAUGCUCGCUCAGCCGCCUUGAUGACCCCAGCUAUGCGAGGGAAGGUCAAGAGCACUGUUAUGGAGGUGGAUGAGCGUGUCCACACCUUAACUGAGAGCUUCAAGCCCUUUGCGCCCGAAGCUCGCCCAGGUGAUCGGUUACUGGACCGCUAUGCGGACCAUCUCCACUUUGACAAGCGUGAUCCUGCCCAGGAUAGGCGACCAUAUCUAGACGAGCUCAUCACGAAAGCGAGGGCCGACCCUCUAACAGUACUGGCUGCAACUGAUGGCUCUGUCCCUCAGUCCAACCAGUAUCAGGCGGCUUUGGCUGCCAUCAUCUACAGGGGACAUUGCGAGCUCGAGAGGACUCGCUACGUCUCCGGCAGAGUUACCGCCCCAGAUGCAGAACUCAAUGCCAUCUCGUGCGCAGUGCGCCUUGCUGUCAAGCAGGCAAACUGCCAACAUAUUAUGGUCUUUACUGACUCUAUGGGCUCGGCCCAUAGAGCGGUUGACCCUUCUGUGCAUUCUGGUCAAGCUUUUAGCUUGUCAGUUUGUCGCGCUCUCCAAGAGUGGUUCGCGGCGGAUGAUAUCCGCCACAUCACUUUCGUUUACGUUCCAUCUGCAUUGCGGUGGGAUAUUCAUGGUGAGGCACACAAGUAUGUCACCGAAUUCAAAGUCAGGGUUGGACGUCGCAGGACAGACAACUCUAUAGACGCGCUGUGCUCUCGAGCCGUGCACUCAGUCCUGGACUUGUGGAGUUCCACUUUCCAGGAUCCAACUUACUGA